GGGGCCUGGGGCUAGCGCCGCGGGGCUGCCCUGCACGAAGGGCUCAGCUGUCAGUGCGCCUGCGCGGGAGGCCAGUAGGUAGCCAAUUGUCCCUGGACGCCUCGCUAGGGCCCUGCUGUCAUUGCGCCUGCGCGAGAGGCCAGUAGGUUGCCAAUGCUCCCCGGACUCCCCGCCAGAUCCCUCCUGUCAGUGCGCCUGCGCGAGGGCUGGGCGCCGCGGUUCUUGACUUUUCUGUGCCGGACGCCGGGUGUAGACAUGCAGCAAGCCGACUCUGAGCAGCCCUCCAAGAGGCCCCGUUGCGAUGACAGCCCGAGAACCCCCCCAAACACCCCUUCCGCAGAGGCAGACCGGUCCUUGGGCCCGGAACUCCAUCCCGACCACAAGACUUGGGGCCCGGAGCAGGUGUGCUCCUUCCUCAGGCGCGGUGGCUUCAAAGAGCCGGGGCUGAUGAAGAACAUCCGAGAAAAUAAAAUCACAGGCUCAUUACUGCCCUGUCUUGAUGAGUCUCAUUUUGAAAAUCUUGGAGUAAGGUGUCAUGGGCCAUUUUCUCACAUGUUUGAUGGACGAUUUAUUCCACUUGCUCGCCCGGAAGUGAAAUGGACACAUGAACAAGGCUCAGUUAAGAUGUUUGAGCACCUAAUUAAUUCUAAUGGACUCAAGGCUGUCAUGGAAAGCUAUGGUCUCAUCCCUGAAGAAGAUAUUUGCUUUAUCAAGGAACAAAUUGCAGGACCACUUGAAUCACCUAUCAAAAAAGAUUCUUUGUGGCCAUAUAAAGGGCGUCCUAAAGAGAAAAGCUUCCUUUAUGAGAUAGUGGCUAAUAAAAGAAAUGGCAUUGAUGUGGACAAGUGGGAUUAUUUUGCCAGGGAUUGCCAUCAUCUUGGAAUCCAAAAUAAUUUUGAUUACAAGCGUUUUAUUAAGUUUGCCCGUGUCUGUGAAGUAGAAAGCAAGUUGCAUAUUUGUACUAGAGAUAAGGAAGUUGGAAAUCUGUAUGACAUGUUCCACACUCGCAACUGUUUACACCGUAGAGCUUAUCAACACAAAGUUGGCAACAUCAUUGAUACAAUGAUUACAGAUGCGUUCCUCAAAGCAGACCCCUACAUAGAGAUUACAGGUACUGAAGGAAAGAAGUAUAGCAUUUCUACAGCAAUUGAUGACAUGGAAGCCUACACUAAGCUUACAGAUAACAUUUUUCUGGAGAUUUUAUACUCUACUGAUCCCAAAUUGAAGGCGGCACAAGAGAUUUUAAAAAGUAUUGAAUACCGUAAUUUAUACAAGUAUGUGGGUGAGACCCAGCCAACAGGACAAAUAAAGAUUAAAAGGGAGAGCUAUGAAUGUCUUCCAAAAGAGGUUGCUGAUGCUAAACCCAAAGUACCGCUAGAAGUAAAGCUGAAGGCUGAACAUUUUAUAGUGGAUGUUAUCAACAUGGAUUAUGGAAUGCAAGACAAGAAUCCAAUUGAUCAUGUUCGAUUCUAUUGUAAGAGUGACCCCAGCAAAGCAAUAAUGAUUACCAAAAACCAGGUUUCACGACUUCUGCCAGAGAGAUUUGCAGAGCAGCUGAUUCGAGUAUACUGUAAGAAGACAGAUGCGAAGAGUUUGUAUGCUGCACAACAACAUUUUGUUCAAUGGUGUUCCGACAAAAAUUUUACCAAGCCGCAGGAUGGCGAUGUUGUAGCCCCACUCAUAACACCUCAGAAAGAUGAAUGGAACUACAGGGCCUCAGCCCAAACUCCAGCUCGCCUCCGAGAAGCACCCAAAAGCAGGCUCCAGCUUUUUAAGGAUGACCCGGUAUAAUAUCUGCAGGUGGUUGUUUACAAAUGCCCUCCCCCACACAAUUAACUUAGGGGCUUCAGUCAUAGAAUUCUGCAAAUUUGAUGACAACACAUGCUUUAAUUUUGUAUUUUGAAUGUACACACAUGCUGAAGAGAAGUAAUUUUUAAUCAAAGAAAUAAGAUGGUAUUAGGCAAAUCUUAUUAUAUAUGAAAAGCAUUACCUUGCCUAUUUUUAAUAUUAAUUAAAGCUUUUCUCCUUUGGUA